ACUCAGAGCACGCCUCGCCCCGCCCCUUCUUCAGCAGCCAGCCACGCAGAUGCGGUGCGCCCCCGCUGCCAGACCGCCGCCGUUGCCGCCUUCCCACCCACCGAGGACGCGCCCGUCAUGAAGCUCAAGCUCAAGACCAGCUCCCAGGCCGCCGAUGGCGCGCCUGCCGAUGCGCCUUUGCCCGCACCCGGCGCUGGACCCAAGCUCGCUCUGAAAUUCAAGCCCGUGGCCGCCCCCGCUGGCGACUCUGCCGACGGCCCUGGCGACGCGCCCAAACAGAAGCGCAAGUACACAAAGAAGCCCAAGUUGGACGAGAAUGGUCAGCCAUUGCCCGCGUCAAGGCCAGGCCCCAAGCCCAAGAAGCGCGCGCUCGAGGACGGGGAGGAGCGCGACCCCUCGAAGCGCAAAGUCAAGCCUACCAUGAAGAGCCUGUCAUCUGCCUACGUGGACGAGAGCGACGAAGACGACGAGGUUGCGCCAGCCCGCGCCCCCGUGGCGCUAACGCAAGCUGCGCGGGCAAACUCCAUCAAGAUCUCGUUGAAAAAGAACACCACCGGCGCAGGGCGCCCGCCGGCGGCAAUCCUCAAAGUCAAAGGUCACGGGAGGCCACCCAUGCGACCGCCGGGUGUGGGAUAUGACAGCGAAGCAGAAGAGGCCGAACGGGACCCCGCCAUCGAGAACCAGUUCGUGUUACGGAUGGUGCCUGGUCCAGACAAUGACCUGCUGCGGAAAGCCAUCGAGGAGAAGACCAUUGGCAAGAGCAUCAGCAAUGGGGGACCGGGCGUGCAAUUCCGCUUCUUCGACCGCGAAGGUCGCAAGGCCAUGGUCACAAUCCAAGGUCGUCACUAUGCUGCUACUAUGGUGGAGCUGCCCUGCGUCAUCGAGUCGCUCAAGAGUUGGAACAAAAAGGACUGGGUAAAAUCCGCAGACGUGUGCCAGAUGCUACUCGUUCUUGGCCGCGUGCAGAGCGAAGAAGAGGCUAAGAAAUACACACGUCCCCGGGAGAUUGAGCCAGACUCGCACCGAUAUCCCCAUGGUCUCACCCCGCCCAUGCGGUGGGUGCGUAAGCGCCGCUUCCGGCCCCGCAAGUCGUAUCUCGACGUGGAGCGCAUCGAAACCUCCGUCGAAGAAUUGCUCGCUCUCGACGAAGGCGCCGAAGAUGUUCAAUUUGGACAGAUUGACAGCGAUGACGAAUCUUCUGAAGCAGAAUCCGACAAUGAAGACGCUCAGGGCGAAGAUGAGGACAUGCCCGACGCCGACUAUGCAGAAACGCCGAUGGAGCUAGCUGAUGAGGCUGAACUCAUGGCAAUGUUCCACGAUGAACUCGAAGGCGAUCAAAUUGAGGUCGAAGCCAAUGGUGACGUGAAUGUAGAUGAUCUCUUCAACGGAAACAACGAGAUCGAAGUAGAAACUCCCGUAACGGCUGGCGCCCGCGAGGUCGCGAUGCAUGCGCUUUCCCAGAAUGGCAACAUCGUCAUAGAGCCCGGUAGUGCAGCAUCCACCCCAGCAGCUGCCACAUCGCCUGACGAUGACGACGAGGAUGACGACGACGACGAUGAUGACGAUGACGACGAGGACGACCCCGAGGCCGCAGAAAGGCAACGUGAGCGAGAAGAAAUUCUGGAACAAAUUCGCCUCCUCGACACUGCGAUUCAGCAAAAUAUCACGCAGAGGGAUGCGACGAACAACAUGCUGUUCAAGAAGAGAGUGAUCAGCCGGCUCGACGGACUCAUCGGUGACAGGAGAGUCAAGCUUGGCCGACUCGGGAUCAGUGAAGAGGAAUGGACAGGUGAGUAGCCCUUCGCAGCCACCAGCCCCUGGGGCUUGUAGGAUGGAGCUGCUCUGUUGGAAGUAGCAAACAAUUGCGAGCGCCCAAAAUUGGCACUGGGAGUGGUACGAGCCAGCGUGGUGUUUUGGUGUUAAAUGCAGCAUUUUAUGGCGUUGAUUGGGGGAAUACGUCCCAGCGGGUGAUAUUUCGUCCCACACCUCACAUGCACUGUAUAACAGGCUUGCGCAGUAUCCAUAACAUAAAAUCUAAU